AUGCUUUUCAACACUCAAGGUGCCCUUGCUUUGUCAAGUGUGUUCCUGGCAGCCACCUCGGCAAUUGCAGAAGACUUGGAGUUGUUUCCUCGUGGCUCACCAUUAGGGACACUCCGGGGCUGCUACUCCAGCAUUCCUGGAUAUGGAAAGCCAACGAGCUGGACGUACCAGAGUUCCGGAUGGUGUCUGGAUCACUGUGCCAGGGACUUCGCGACAUUUGCCUUGACAAAAGGCACUGACUGUGUGUGCGGUAAUACGCUACCACCAGACAGUGCCAAGGCUUCAAGCGACAAAUGCAGCACAUCGUGCAGUGGCUGGCCCGAUGAUAUGUGCGGUAGUUCCAACUACUUCUCGGUCUAUACCACAAAUUUGAUAGCCAACGUGCCCACGUACUCCGACCCUAAUUCGAACUCCAACUCCAACUCCAACUCCAACUCCAACACGAAUUCCAACUCUAAUUCCAACUCUAACCCUAACUCCGACUCCAACUCCAAACCUACCACAACCCCAACUCAAAGCACUAGUGACAGCCAAACUACGAUGCAAGCUGGCGAGUCUGCCACGAGUACUGCUACCAGUAUCGGUGAAACAAUAACAGAGACCGCGAUUUAUCAGCCCGCCCCGAGCAGUGAGUCUGAAGAAGAUUUCGAAAAAAAGUCCUCGAGGAGCAAGAAAACUGCCGCGAUUGCGGCUGGAGUCGUAAUCGGAGUGGUUGGAUUCGCUGCUCUCUGCGCUGCUAUCUUCUUCUGGUGGCGAAUCAAGAACAAUAGGACCGGUGCUGCAGCUAGGGCCACUGGCUAUGGCUGUGAUGGCCCACCCUCGAUGUCCGAUUCUCGGUUCGAUAGCGACUACAUGACUCAAAAUCGUCAAAGCAAUGGCAGCAUCGAUUAUGACCAUGACUUCUCUCGCCGGAUCUUGCAGGUGACGAACCCCGAUCGCUAA